AUGCAGAAGUUACCCGUGUCGAAAUGGCUGUCUGCGAAUCUUUUUCUUUGGGGUGGAAUCACCAUGGCCUUAGCUGGCUGUGGUGGGUUCAAGUCAUUCCUCGCACUGCGCUUCUUGAUCGGCGCCCUAGAAUCGUGUUCGACACCUGCCUACCUUUUGAUCACCGCAACUUGGUAUACUGUUGAAGAGCAGCCAGUCAGAAUUGGAUGGUGGUCAACCUUCCUUGGCGUUGCCAAUUCAUUCGGUGGCCUGUUGGCCUAUGCCGUGGGUCACAUCGAAGGGUCAUUGGAAUCAUGGCGAUACCAAUUCAUCUUUAUUGGCGCCAUCUCGUGCGCUUGGGCUAUCUUCAUGGCAUUCACGUUGGCUGAGCGUCCCUCAACAGCGUCAUGGCUGAAGGAAGACGAGAAGCAAGUCGCUAUUAGGCGCCUAGGACCAAGACACCACGGUUCCAAUUUCCAUGACAUCAAGAAGUACCAAAUUAAGGAAGCUGUGUUAGAUCCCAAGACCUGGCUUUUCUUCCUUUGUGGUGUGGCAACCCAGGUGGUCAACGGUGCCGCCAGCAACUUCGGCAGCCUGAUCAUCCAGGGAUUUGGCUAUUCCAAUCUAGUGACAACUCUGUUCCAGAUACCAUACGGAAUGGUAAUUCUGGUAUCCAAUGUUUCUGCAAUGUAUUUGCAACGGUGGCUACCAGGCCAGAAGCGAUGCUUCGUUGCCGUGCUUUAUGUGUGUCCGGCUCUAGCCGGUGCAGUUGGGAUCCACGCCAUUCCACGCGAUCACAAAGUUGCACUUCUAUUAACGAGUACCUAUACGGCCUCCUUCGCGAUGAUCAUGUCCCUCAUCACAGCCAAUACUGGUGGCUCCACAAAACGGUCUAUUGUCAACGGCGUGUUCUUCAUCUCCUAUUGCGUGGGUAAUAUAAUCGGCCCUUUCUCGUUCAAGAGCAACGAGGCCCCCAAAUACACAUCAGGAAUCGUGGCUAUGCUGGUAGCGUACUGUGUUGAGAUCUUCUUGCUUCUAGCAUUUGCGGCCUAUGCUGCCAUGUUGAACAACACCAAAGACAAGGUUCUCAUGGAAGAGGGACUCAGCUUGGAGAAUGCCGUUUAUCAACCCAUGGAAGAGAUUCCAGUGGACCAGACUGACAAGGAAGACAUCUACUUCCGUUACUCAUACUAG